GCGGCGAAAGGAAGGAUCGAACCCGGGCAUGGCGUGGUCUCCGCCGCCCUCCUGAGCGGGGCGAUCGGCGCUGAGCCCCCGGCACGACCCCGGGCACGACCCCCGGCGCUGAGCCCCCGGCUCGGCAUCGCCCGGGUGAUGGAGAACCUCACAACUCCUCCAACCUGGAGCAGGAUCACCAACAGCUCCUUGGACCCGGGUGGCACAGAUGACAGCCCCUACAAGUGCGUGUUUGACGAGGACUUCAAAUACGUCCUGCUGCCCGUCUCCUACGGCAUCGUGUGUGUGGUGGGGCUCUUCCUCAACCUGCUGGCCCUCUACGCCUUCAUCUUCAGGAUCAAGACCUGGAACGCCUCCACCACCUACAUGUUCAACCUGGCCAUCUCCGACACGCUCUACGUGGUGUCCCUGCCCCUGCUGGUGUACUACUACGCCAUGGGGGACAACUGGCCCUUCAGCGUGGGGCUGUGCAAGAUCGUCCGCUUCCUCUUCUACACCAACCUCUACUGCAGCAUCCUCUUCCUGCUCUGCAUCAGCAUCCAUCGCUUCCUGGGCAUCUGCUUCCCGCUGAAGUCGCUGCGCUGGGGCCACGUGCGCCACGCGCGCCGCGUGUCGGUGGCCGUGUGGGUGGUGACCGUGGCGUGCCAGUCCCCCGUGCUCUUCUUCGUCACCACCAGCGUCAAGGGCGACACCAUCACCUGCCACGACACGUCCAGCAAGGACCUCUUCGGCCAGUUUGUCAUCUACAGCUCGGUGAUGCUGGUGCUGCUCUUCUGCAUCCCCUUCCUCGUCAUCAUCGUCUGCUACUGCCUGAUGGCCCGGCGGCUGCUCCAGCCCACCCGCGGCAUGUCCCGCCUGUCCCGCUCCAAGAAGAAGUCGGUGAAGAUGAUCAUCAUCGUCCUGGUGGUCUUCAUUGUGUGCUUCCUGCCCUUCCACGUCACUCGUACCUUGUACUACUCCUUCCGGAGCUGGGACCUCAGCUGCCAGACCCUCAAUGCCAUCAAUCUGGCCUACAAGGUGACUCGACCCCUGGCCAGCACCAACAGCUGCUUGGAUCCCAUUUUGUAUUUCCUAGCAGGGCAACGAUUUAUGAAGUUUGCGGGCAACAAAAUGCCAGGGAAGCCUCAGAACGAGGUGGCGCUGAGCAUCGUGCCCAACAGUCACCUGGGAACCAGCAGUGACACGGACACGCUCUCCAAGGAGCUGAAAUCCUAGCUCUGCUGCACAGAAGGGUUUAUCCUGGCUGUGAAGGGAGGACAGCAUGCUCUGGGGCCCGAGCCUUUGGGUGUUUGGGGUGCCGGGCUUGCACCCACUCCAGCGUGGUCUGUGUCAAACGCGCUCUGCCUGUUUUGCUGUAUCUUUUUAAGGAAGAUGCAGCUGUGGUUGCACACGUGAACCCUGAUCUCUGGCUCUGCAUCCCAGCCUGCCCCUCUGAGGUGACCAAAUCUGGGGAAAAAAGUCAUGCCCUGAGUGCCUCGAAUCAUUUUCCAAAACAAAAACGCUGUGUGCGAAAGGUCCCCCUAAGGAAUUCCAUCUGGCACGGGGGAGCCAGAGUUUCUCUGUGCCUUGGCAAGGCAGGAAGGGCUUUGGGUGGAUGGGGAGAGGCAGCUGCAGUUCUGCUGAACAGCUUGGUGCAAAUGUCAAGGACAAGUAUCACCCAGAGCAGGAAAGGGUCUCCCACAGCUUUGUGUCCCUGAAGAAAUGCUCUCCCAGCUUCAAGCUGUCAGAGCAGGGAUGGCAUUCCCAGCUCCUGUCCAAGGGCUGGCUUCCCAUUAACCAGGGUGCUGAUGGACAUUCCAUCCCACUGGGGUGCACUGGUAGCAGCCCACUGGAGUUUACUGGUACCAUCGAGCAGGUCCCCUGUAGGCUUCUCCAGUGGGGCCAACAUCUUCCGAAAAACCCAUUAGAAAGCUUCCCAACAACAACAGUCCUAAAAGCUUUUAGGAACCUACAGCUUCCAGCUGCUGGCUUUAAUAAUCAUCUCCAUCUCAUUAAAAUUUAAGGUGAGCUGUUCAUAUCUUGUUUUUAACCCCUUUCCUGGUGACUCAUGUUUCUAGCACAGCAGCAAAGACCAGUGUUCAUCCCUUGGCUGAGCACUGUCCCGUCCCCAUUGCUGUCCCUCAGAGGUGACAAAAUUGCCAGCACUAAAAACCCUGAGUUGAGGAGCUGCAAAUGGUGCUGAGCUUAAUCCCAUUCUGUCUGGAUUUGUAAAAAAUGUCCACAAAGCAUUUCACCAGAAGGUACUCUUGGUCUUUUUCCCUGUAAUUGUUGGAGAGCCCAGAGCCCAGGUCCAUGAUUUCCCUGCCAGGAGGAUUCCUGAUUCCUCUCCCCAAAAAUGAAAAUUGCUUGGGCUGCAGCACUGGACGAGUCACGUUUGGUAAAAGCUCAAUUUCAGGACUAGGCAAACACAUUUGAUGUUGACUUAGGCAAGACCUCAGACCACUCCUUAGUUUCUCCCAUCCUUCCUCCUUGUGAAGUGGUUUGGAGGGGACAAAGCCACGUUGCCAUGUCACCAGUUGUGUUCAGUCACGGGUGACUGGAACCAUUCAGGGCUAACUGGGAGGUUCCUGUGCUCCCACCCCCAGGAGGGCUCCUGUCCCCACCAACAAUGUCACAACCACAGGAGGGAAAGGCAAACAGGACAUUUGUGGGGUGGUUCAUCCCAGCCUCGAGUGUGUUUAGGAUAGGAUUGGGUUAAGACCAGACUUGCCCCAUGGCAGCACCUUUAUUCCUUUGUUCUUGUGGAGGGAGCUUGGCUUUGUGGUGAGGGUCAUGGCACAGCCACUGGGGCGAGACAAAUAGCUGGGAGAAAUGAUUCCAGCCAGGGCACUGACCUGGUACAAACAUCACUCCAGGCCAGGCCUUGCCCAGUCUCCCACAUUUACCAAAAAGCAGCAUGGACACGUUACGUGCUCUGAAUAAUUCAACAAAAAACUUACCCAAACUUUCCUCCUGAGGUCCUGCUUUGAAAUCCCAGCUCCUUCUGAGCUGGCUUCGAGCACUGCCAGUGUCAUCAGGGGUGUCCCUCUGUGAUCUCCAUCCCCAAGGCAUCCCACUGGCCAGAUGCAGAGCAGUUGGAGAGGUACCAGCUGGAAAUCUAGCUCUAGACUUUUGUUUGUUUGUUUCUGUUUGUAAAAGCACUAACUUAUACUAGAGAGAGAGAGAGAAAAAAAAAAGUGAGUUU